AACACUGGAGCAACUGGGAAGGAUCCAAGGACCCCCAGAAUUGAGGGAAACAGGGCAGCCGUCAACUUCUGCUCCAGCCUUGCAUGGGAACCACUGGGAAGGGUCUGUUUUCAAACAGGUGUGCACUCUUCCAGCUCCCGCUGUGUGCCCACACUGGCACCACCUGAGAGCCAGCGCUUUGGGGCUGCUGCUGCUGCUGCUGCUGCUGGUAGUGGCCAUGCUCAACAUGCACGGUGAGAGACCAGCUCGUAGCCACAUCCACAGCACAAGAAACCACAGCUUCAAUGAGCAGAAACCUUAACCUUUUCCUCCAAAGUGAUGUGUAUGGGUUUUUUACCAAGCUGGUGAUGACCACCCAGAAGCGGUGGCAACAAACAGGAGGAGCUGGAAGCCAUCAUGCAGCAGGAAUCUAAGACUUAGUAGGCAUCUCCAAAUGAUGGUGGGAUCACUUCCACAAGUGCAGUGCUGCUGUGGGGAGCUGUGAGCUCUUUUGGAGGGGUAGGCAAGGAAGGAGAGGGCAGUGAUGUGGCUCUCUGUGUCAGGGAGUGCUUCACUGUGGUAGAGCUGAAUGCUGGGAACGAUCAGGUCGAGUCCUUAUGGGUAAGGUUGAGGGGGAUGGGAAGCCAGUUUGACAUCCUAGUGGGAGUCUGGUACAGAGCACGGGGCAGUUUAACUCGGCGCCUGGCUGAUGGCUGCAGAUGGGUCCUACCUGUCUGCAAGGGGGAUAAGGAUCCCAGCCCUGGAGCUGGCAGGGCUCACUGAGAGGGCUUUAAGCUGGCAGCCCUUUGGGGAUGGCGUGUGACACUGAGGGGUGACAGUCACUAAUUAGUGAUCAGGGGCAAGUAAUACAACAUGCGGAGAUGACAUCACAGCACUACAACCACAGGAAGAACUGACAGCAGCUCUCCAGCCGCUUCCUGUGCCCACUGCAGUCUCGCUGUCCCCAAGCUGCUCCUGCCUCAUGGCACCAAUGGCGCUGGUCCUCAUCCUGGUGCCCCGACCCUCCCUGUCACUGCACCCCAGCCAGGGGGUGUCCCUGGGGGACACAGUCACCUUGCGCUGCCACCUGCCCCAGUCGGCUGCCUGGGUCAGGCUGUACAAGGAUGGAUGUUUGUCAUCUGAGAAGGACAUAGACAAGGUGCAGGAUACAGCUGAGUUCUUCUUGGUUGGCAUAAAGCAGGAAGAUGCAGUGAAGUAUUCGUGUCAAUACCAGAUACUGGAGCCACUGUGGACAUCGAAUAUGAGUGACCCCGUGGAGCUAAUGGUGACAGAUCCAAGAUUCCCCCCUCCUGGCAUUUCCAUGAGCCCUGAUGAAUGCGUGAAGGUGGGGAUGAAUGUGACCAUGCAGUGCCGGAACAACAAUUAUGGGGGCAUUAUCUUCCUGCACAAGGACGGGCACUCAGCCCCUAUCCAGCACCAGGAGCCCAAUGGUGGGGGCAUGGCCAACUUCACCCUUGUUGGAGUGACCCCAGCUGACACUGGCACCUAUAGGUGCUCCUACCGCGUUGGGAGCUCCUACCUUCUGUUUUCACCCCUUGGGGACAACGUGACACUGAAGGUGACACCCGCAACUGCUCACCCAGGUGCUGAGAGGAUGUCCCGUGGUAACCUGGUGGUGGCAGUGGUGAGGGGCUGCGCUGCCGCCCUCGUCUUUGGCCUGGGCCUCUACUUCAUCCUCGAUGCCCGCAGCUUCUGGAUACGGAGAGAUGAGAGCCCUGCUGGGGAAGGCGCUUGAAUCACUUUGAUACCCAACAGAGCACCUUUCGAUCCCCCCAAGUGUCUUCUGCUUCCUCUUUGAUAUCGUCUAUGUGCCCUGUCUCUCAAUCCCCCUUUCCAUCCCCUAUACAUCCCCCAGGUGUGCUCUUCCUUGUCUUCCCUCCCCUACAGGUGGAUAAAUCCCCUUCACUUUCCCCUGCUGCUGCUUCCAUGCACUAUUGAUCCCCCUCGUGCUCUCUGGUGCCCUCCAUAACACCCAUCCCACUCCCCUCCCCAUUUUCAUGUAGCUGCCCCCCUCAGGAAGCCUGAGUCCAUUAGGUUCCAGGACAGUGUCUGAGUUAGGGAAUACCUAAAUCCAGCCUGCCUCUUGGGGACCCCUAAAACCCACUGGGAACCCCAAACCCUGUCCAUGUGGACCCCAACACACUCCCAGCCUCAUAUUCCUUACCCUACCUUUAUGUGCAUCCCCAAAUCCAGCCCAUGGGAAACCCAAAAUCUACAUUGAGGGAUUUGGAGAUCAAAUGCCCCACACCCCCAGCCCUACACACACUACGGGCACCCUCAAAAUUCAGCGUAUCAGUCCCAAGUGGAGGGCAGCCAGCACAAAGCCCCACAGAAUCCCCAAACCUCCUGGACAGCACCCAGAUCCUAUGGGAACCCCCAAACCACCGUGGAACCCCCAAAUGCCAUGCAUAGGGAUCUCCAAGAUCUGACCUAGGGAGUCCUCAGACCACCAAGCCCUAAACACCCCUCAGAACUGGUGGGAACCUUCAAGUCAGAAUGAGACUCCGCUAAACCACACUAGGGCCCCAGAACUAAGCCAUCCCAGACUUCCAGUUACCCUCUCUCAGCCACCAGAACCACAACUGUCCCAAAACGAACAUCCCCAAAUCCUCACCAGUGGACUCCAUAUCUUUUGCAAUCUCACCAAAUCCCCAAAUGUUCAACUGUAACCCCAGAAUCCUUCCUUAUCCUCAUCCAAUCCCUUAACACCCACUGGGACCCCAAAUUCCUCCCAGGUUAUAGCAUUGAUGAGAGAGUGGAGAGAAGUAGCACUGAGCACCCCAAGUUUUGUAAAUAUCUCAGUGUUAUUACCAUUACUGUUAUUUCUCUCUUCCUUUUCUGCUUAAGUAAAUAGCUUCUAUCUCAA